AUGGAAGUCCCUGCUCCUUCCCCUCCAAAAGCCAAAGCAAAGGUUUUGGAGGCCAAGAAGACUGUGCUGAAAGGCAUCCACAGCUAUGAAGACAGAGAAGAUCUCAAUGUCAUCCAUUUUCCAAAGACCCAGGAUUCACUGCAGCUCAGAAAGCAGCCCACAAUUCUCAGGGGAGCCCCCCUACGAUUAACCAGCUUGACCUCUAGGCCAUCGUGGCUGGAGCGGAACAAGUCGGAGACCAAUAGCAUUGCUCGGCGUCAGGGACCAAGGGGCGGCGAGGAAGAAAGGUUAGCGACGAGACCGGGGGCGGCAGUGCGAGCGCAGCGCGCGAAAGGCCCCGCCCCUUCCUGGCCGCGCCGGGGAGGCCCUGGCCACAGCCGCCCGCAAGCAGUUCCGCUGCCGGAACGCUUCCCUGCCCCGUUCGCCCUGAAGUGCUUUCCCAAGGUUCGGGCCGGAGAGAGGUCUUGUAGGCGCAGCCGCCGAGGCCGUCGGCGCCGAGUAGGGUCUCCCACCCGGGUCAGAGCUGGGUGUCCGCGCCCUGCCCCCUCCCAGCACCCAGGCCGACGGAAGAUUGGUAAUUUCAUUCUCACCAGGCCCUCUCUGUGGUGUUUGAGGGAUUUUGGACCGAACAAGGUUCUUCUGCCUUUUCAUGGCGCUGGAAGUGAUUGCUGGUUGCCCUCAGCCCAUGAACAGUGCCCAUCGCACUCGCGGAGGGCACACACUAGACUGCUGGCUUGGCAAGUCCUCUUGAGUCUCAUCUGCAUCUCCUCAGAGACAAAACCAACACUUUCCAUCCUCUGGAGGACCUGUUUGGGACACUCUCAAGAGAGAAAAAGGGACAAGCCAGUGCUGGAAUAUUUUCUCUUUGUGUUAGUGCAGCUUUCUGCCCACAGCGCUUGCAUAAGGAUAGCCAUACUAACCACCCCAUAUGCUGCCUACACAUCUGGACACGCACAGCGAGCAUGCUAGAGCUGGCCUGAUGCAUCCAGCCACUGCCUGCAAGUCUCCUGAGUUUGCUGUGCUCUCUUCUUCAACUCCCACCGCUCACUCCCACUUCCUCCCUGACUCUUACACACAGGAUGGAUGGGGGGGCUUCCACACGGGGGCUGCAGAACCCAAAGCCAGGAUGGUGGCACAGGUGCCGGCUCUCAGCUGUCAUCCUUAAAACUCCCUAACUAGCACCACUGAACUUCAAGUCUCCUUUCUCCUGGUAGCUGCUUCUGCCGGGCCUUUGCCUAUCCUGGGAGGUGAGGGCUGGAGUUUUUCAGAGCAAGAGCCUGCUCCUGGAGGGCUGGAAACAAUGCAAAUCCUUGGCCGAUUCAUUGUUUCCGACCUUCUUCAAGUGGCCCCGGUCCUUGGAGAACUAAAGAGGGGUUCUCUCUCAACUAUAGACUUUUGUCUGUUUCCUUCCUUUCCAGAGCAAUAGCAUAUUAUGGGAUGGCCUUUCUCUUUCUUUAGGUACUGCCUUCCACCCCUACACCCCAAUGUUGGAAGCAGGACCCUUAAAACCUUGCCGGAGCCUUUCACACUUUGAACACCAAAACCUGCAGGUCUGAUGUGGGAGGAGUCCCCUUCCACAUGGGCUCCGGCACCCUCGUGGGGCCUUGUAGUUCCUGUAUGUUCUUGUCCUUCAUUUCCUGUUUAGUUUUGUUAAUUGAAGGAAAUAAGGGGUUCCGCCUCUGGCAUGUCAGCCGGAGCUCCUGCUGCAGCUUGCUCCUCAGAAGUAUCUUAAGACCUGCCCUAUCUAUCUUUCUGUGUCUUUUUUUUCCCUACUGCUUUCUAUAACAAGGUUUCCAGAUUCAGUUUAUAAGCAGAGGUCAUUCUCCUUCCCUGGAUAUCUGGUUAGAAAUUUGACCUGCACAGUCCUAUGGCUGCUGACACCCUCCGAGGCUGGCUGGAAAAUCUUCACCUUCCUGCCCCUGACAGCAGGCAGUGUUUGCCUUGAAGCCCCAAGUGAUCUCAGACACCAGCUGCCUGAGGCUUUCUACCAGCCUUCUUCUGUCUACAUCUGCUCCCUGCCCUUUUUCAGUGUUGUAGCAUCACAGACGUAUGCUCUGGCCAUGACUGGAAGGUACUCGCCUGACCCCCUCCCAUCCCCCCACCCACCCCAGGUGCUGGAGCAGGGCUUCUGAAAUAGUGCCAACUUGGAGGAACAAGUCUCUUUGGCAAAUGAGUGCCCUGCAUCUCCAACUAGUGGUUCUAAUGCACAAACCUAGUUAGAAAAUUUUACAUAAAGUCAACAUAAAUAAUCCAGCUUGAUGAAUUUUCAAAAGCUGAAUAUUCCCAGGUAACAGGCACCCAGAUCAAAAAGCAUAUUAUCAGAAGCCCAAAGCACUUCUCAUGUUCCUUUCUAGUCUCUCUAGACUUCUAGCAAAGUAGAGUCAUGUUACCUUGUUAUAAUCUUAUCUAGAUAGAAAUACACACUAUAUACUCUUUGUGUCUGACUUUUGCUCAGCAUUUAUGUUUGUGCAGCUUAUCCAUAUCAUGCUUGGGCUUGUAGAUUAUGAAUUUCAUGUACUGUGGAGUAUUCUACCAUGUGAACAUACCAUAUUUAUGAAAAAUCCAUUUUACUAUUUUGCUCCAGUUCUUGCUUCAGAUUUGGCCAUUACAAACAGACUAUAAACACUGUA